UAAGUAAUUAAACUACCACUUCCACCUGUAGCUGUAGAGUAUAUCCUUCCCUUUAAGUGGGCCCAACUCCAAACCUUUCACAUUUUAGGGACUUGGGAGGCAAUUCCAUCCCUCGUUGCAACUUGCAGUAGCUUCUUUCAAAAGCCCCUAAGAAAGAAGAAAGAAGAAAGAAGAAGAUGGAAGGCCAAGGGCAUGUUCAAGAGCAGCAGAACAAGUCCAGAGUUGUGAAGGUCGACUCUGUGGAGUCAUGGGAAUUCUAUGUUACCCAAGCCACCAAUCAAGGCUGCCCUAUUGUUGUACACUUCACUGCUGCAUGGUGCAUGCCUUCAGUAGCUAUGAACCCGUUUUUUGAGGAAUUGGCUUCAAGCUACCCUGAUGCUCUGUUUCUCACAGUUGAUGUCGAUGAGGUUAAGGAGGUGGCUACUAAACUGGAGAUAAAGGCCAUGCCCACUUUUUGUCUGAUGAAGGACGGUGCUCCAGUUGAGAAGCUUGUUGGUGCCAAUCCAGAGGAGAUAAGGAAAAGGAUGGAUAGUUUUGUUCACUCAUUUCGUGUAUAUGCAGCAUAGUUUCAGUAUAUAUAUAUAUAUAUAUAUUGAAAAUGUGUGAUAUGUGAAUAUGACGCUCCAACUGAUAAACAGAUGAUAAGUAAGUUGGACUUGGACUGCCUCACUGCCUUGUGUAUAUAACUUUGUUUUCAAUAUCAUCACUGGAUUUGGGUUCAAAA